UUUGCGUAACUUGACUUUAAUGAGUAUCUCUUGGCUCGACCAGUUUGUUGCUCAGAGUCGCAGCUGUUGUAUAAUGGACCCCAGUAAGUCUGCCAGUGCCCCUCCAAUGGAGUACAGAGGAGAGAAGUCCUCCAUGGGCCAAAUGCCCCCUCCAGCCUACCAAGACACCACUUACCCGGGACACCCUCAGCCUGGCUACAACCCUCUACAACCGCAGGGCUACGGACCUCCACCACCUUAUGGAGGUGAAGGAUAUGGACCACACCGAUAUAUCAUGGGUCAGCAGCACCCAGGUCAACCGACCAUUGUCCAGCCCACGGUGUAUGUGGCUCGAGGCCCUUUGGUUAACCCUGUCAACGACUACUUGUGUUACUCCAUCUUCACCGUGUUCUGCUGCAUGCCACUUGGAAUUGCUGCCCUCAUCUUCUCCAUCUCAACCCGUGAAGCCAACCAUGCUGGGGACCAGAUGCAAGCAGAGCGGAGCAGCAAGACGGCCAGGACACUGAACCACGUGGCGCUGGGAAUCGGCCUUGGUUUCUUUAUCCUCUCCAUUGUCUUCGCGGGGGUUUUGGCAUCUGACUUUUAAAUUUAAAUCAACUGCAACAACCUUUCCUAUAUUUUUUACUCCCUUUUUUCAUUCUACAUUCAGGUGAUAAGACAAUAUCAGGAAUGUUACUAUGUCAAUGCAAAGAGGGGUUUUUUUUUCUCCACCUGAUCGUGUUAAAGCCAUUUGGAAAGUGAUAGACAUGAGUUACAUGUCUAUCACUAUCAAGUAGAUAGCAAUCAUUUUUAACAAUCAACUACUUUUCACAAAUAUGUUCAUAUUUCUUUUUCUAUCUUUCUUCCUUUUUUUUGCUCUUCUACCACAAAUGCAGUCUGUGUGUGUUAUACAAAGAGGUUUUUUUUUCGUUUCUUUUACAUGUUUUGGUCAAUUUACAAAGGAGUAUUCACCUUCUUAAUUUCCAGAGAUUUGUCUGGUUGUAUGAACGAUGACGGAAAGAAAACUGCUGCCUUAUCAACACAAUUUGUUGGCUUUAGAUGUGCACUAACACCCUCUAACCCUCUUAGAAGUACAUUUAAAUACUAACAGGGUAAAUAACCCACAGAAAGAGAGAUUGGGACGCUCUCCCUGAACAAGUGAAAGUAUAAAGUAGCCUGUGAGCUUGUCUGUCAUCAGAGGAUCUGUGAUUUGAGGGAAGGCCUCCUCUUUAUUCCGGCUGAACAGGAGCACUCCACUUCUCACAACGUCAGCAGAAACUAAGCAACAGUGGAGCUGAAGCUGGAGCUGAAUGGCUGACGAAGCCACUUUAUUAAUCAAUGGCUGUGGAUAUGUGUUGUGAAAGCUGUGGCAUGUUAUGUAUCACUGACCUGGAGGUUUGUGUGUCACGCAAUAUGUGUGUCUGCUUUUCGUAGAAGUAGCUGAAAGACAAUUUUUACUCUGUACCAGAUUUCUUUAUAAAUAAAAGCCUGUUGAAAGGGGAAAAAACA